CGCCGCGUGACAGCCGAGAGAUGAGAUAUCCAGAUUGUUACAAAAGGAUGCAGAGCAGGAGUCCCAGAUGAGAGCUGAAAUUCAGAACAUGAAGCAGGAACUCUCAACCAUUAGUAUGAUGGAUGAGUUUGCUAGAUACGCCCGUCUGGAAAGAAAGAUUAACAAAAUGACUGACAAGCUUAAAACUCACGUGAAAGCACGAACUGCCCAAUUAGCCAAAAUAAAGUGGGUUAUAAAUAUCGUGUUCUACAUCUUACAAGCUGCCUUGAUGAUCUCUCUCAUUUGGAAGUACUAUUCUGAGCCCGUUACAGUGCUUCCAAGCAAAUGGCUCGCUCCGCUGGAGCGCUUGGUAGCCUUUCCUACGGGGGUGGCAGGUGGUGUUGGAAUUACAUGUUGGCUUGUCGUUUGUAAUAAAGUUGUAGCUAUCGUGCUACACCCUUUCAGCUGAAGGAAUCCCAGUAAUCCAUGGAGUCCUCAACUACAUUUUCAUUAUCACUGUUCUAAAUGAAUUUAAAAAAAAAAAACAAACCAGUUGUCUUCCGUGAGACUAGGUCUGAGAUAAUCUCUUUGUUACUUCAUUUGGAUAUCAGUCAGUAUUCCUUUCGAUUUAUUUAACCUUUCCUCAGUUUGUUUUUCAGUUUGGUGGUCAGUUUUCAAAGAAUAGCAUUGCUGUUUAUGGAACCUCAUUUUGUGUCUAUUUGGACAAGUACAAAGACUGAUUCAUGGCAGAACCAUAAGACUUUGUCAUGGCAUAUAUUCACCAAAACCUAAAAGUGCUGGAUUUGUAUUUUUAAGUUGGAAAGGCACUGGCAUUAGGAAUUAAUUUGGGAGCUUUGCUGUUUCUUUGCUGCAUAAUAUGGCAGUUUCAUCCAAAGGUGGGAUUAUAUUUGGUGUCAAGUGGUACUAGAGGAUAGAGGUAGGUGGUUCGGUUGGCCUAGCAUAAAGCAGAAUUAGUUUCCUCCUUGCUAUGUUUUACACUAGAACUGGUGUGUUCUUGGGCUGUCUUAGAAAAUGUGUUAUUGAUAUAUAUGCAGAAUCAACCCUUAAGAGACUCACUCAGUUGCCGAGUAGAGGAUGGCUGGCUACUUUUUCCUCCCUGACUUUUAAAAUUCAUCGAACACUUGAAUUUUUUCCUACUUUUAUUGAUAACUGACCUUUCCUUCCUUGACAGUUUUCGUGCUUCCCAAACUGCGUGAGGAUCACUGAAACUAUUUCCUUCCGUGUUUUGGGAGGGAAGGUCUGGCCAUCCCUCUCAAGCUCCAUGUUAAGAAAGAGAAAGUAGGGAACAGCGCUGUUCCUUCGGAGGAGUACGUUUCUAAGGGCUUUAGCAUACAUUAACGACAGUCCAGGAUAGCCCGUAACGGCUAUGUAAAUGUAAAACGGCAAAUCAGUGAUUUAAAUGUCUGAAGCAGUAACAGAACGGUGGCAAGCAGAGGGAGGAGGGAAAACAAUUUUCUCUUUUGGAGUAAAUCCUUCUCGCUGUAUUUAGGUACAGGAAACAGCCACGAUAUUUUGAAAGUAAAGGCGGACAGAAUUCUUCCUAGUACCGUGCCUGUAGAACAGCGACACAGUUGCGUUCUCUUCCACGCUACAGUGGUAUCUGCAACCCUGCCGUUCCUGCCCCGUAAGACAAACAGGUGGUUUGUAAAGUUCUUGUUCCACACCUCCUCCGUUUUGGGUUUUCCUUUUUGACACGAGCCUGAACAAAGCUCUAGGGGACCCCUUUCCCCCUUCCGCUGGGCUUUGGCAGUUCUGGUUCAGCUUCCCACGCUGUACAGCAGAAUGCAUCUGUUACGUUAUUUCAGGUCCUUUGCCUCCCUGCAGGAAGGGGCUAGAGCCCCUCCAUAAUUAGCGCUGCCUUUAGAAAUCAGUUCAAAAGGUCAUGAUGCAUCGCACGUGCGUGUGUAUAUAUGCAUGAAAUGGUUUUGGGUUUUUUUUUUAAAUGUUAAUCUAAAGAAGAACUGGUUUUAUAUUAGGGAUUACAUUAGCCAACAUGAAAAUAGGUGCAUUAAAUAUCAUCAAGAAAAAAAUGUUGUGGUUGAAUGUUAUGUAUAGUUGUGUUUUUAUUAACGAAAUAAAGCUUUUCAACCCAUC